AUGACAUCAGAAGCGCAAUAUAAUAAAUGUUCAACAGAUAUCAAUUUUGCUAUGCCGGAAGAUUGUGUUGAUAAAUUGAAUUGGUCCAUGAAAGAUUUAGUAUCGCGGCUUUUCAUAAGCUUUAGAUCAAAGUUAGGUAGCAAAUAUAAUUUUAAUUUGGAUGUUUCAGUAAAAAUUGUAAAUAUGUUAAGUGUAGAA